AUGAGCACAAUUGACAGUCUCGAUGGCCUCUUCCAGGCGGCGGCUCGGCAGUUUCGGGAUUCUCUUUCGCCUGCUGACUCUAAAGAGUUUAUGGAAUUCCCAUCAGCGAAAGAGAUGAUCGAGGAGCUCAACAAGCGGGUGUCGACCUACCAGAGGAAUUCGAAGCUGUCCAAGUAUUGUCAACGCUUGGAGAGAGUCUCCGAAUCGCUCUUGCCCUUUUUCGACAUCAUCGGAAUCUUCAUACAGUCCAACCCAGAAGUGCCUGCCUUGGUUUGGGGCGCAAUGCGGAUGGUAUUCCUGCUCGCCUCCAACUUUUCAAGCUUUCUCGAUAAGCUGCUGGCCAUGUUCGAGAAGAUCGGCGACCGCCUCCCGGGCUACGCCGAGUACUACAGGAGGUUGUUGACACGCCAAGUCCUUGGAAACACCGAAUUAGACAUCCCGAAAUUCGAAAGCACGCGGGUUGUCAAGGUCUUGUCGUAUAUCUACACAGACCUAGUGCAGUUUUGUCAAGAGGCCUGUCAGGUAUUCGGCACCAAGAAACGAGGCAUUCGGUAUAAAGCAGUCGCUAUUGCCGACAUCUUUUGGAAGCCCUUUGAUGUCAGAUUCAAAAGCCUUCUCGAGCGAAUCGAGACCCAUCAAGCCCUGUUUCUGAGCGAAAUGCAGCUCGAAGAGUCCAAGUUUACUGAAUAUCAACUUCGCAAGAGAGAACGCGACUCGGCCAAUACGAACGAUGCCAUCUCUCAAUUCAAAUUGCAGGUGUCGGAGCUAAAGCAGUCCAUAUUGGAACGAGAAGAGACUCUCACAGUCCGUUUCGAGCGGAUUUUAGAGCAUAUCGCAUCCAUGACAAGCGACCGCGAGACAAGCGGACAUCGGGGCGAUUCAAUUCUUCAGGUCUCCCCCAUUUUCGCUAAACCUGGAUAUGGAAAGACUAUACUGUCUUCGCUUCUCAUUGAGGAUCUUGCCAACCCCCCGGAAACGAACAGCUCAGAGGCUCAACAGGCACCAACAACGUUACCAGUGCUUUACUACCACUUCGCUUCCGAAAGAGUCGAAGAAUGUAGUCCGACACAUGGUCUGAGGGCAUGUCUACACCAGAUUAUUCAUUGCAACAUAAGAUCUGCCAAUGUACUCGAUGCAGUCUCGAUUGUCAUAGAAUCCGAUGGUACAGGACAGAUGCGCGCCACGGAUGAGGAAAUUCGCCAAUGCCUUCUGCUACUUCUCAAGCAGCUGCCACCGGUAACUUUGAUUUUAGACGGCUUCGAUGAAUGUACCAAUCCUCCUGACCUGUUUAAGACCGUGUAUGAGCUGUGUUGCUCUACCGGCGCCAAGGCCAUCCUCAUGGGGCGGCCAAGCUGUAAACCACCUCGUGGUAGCAAUCCCUACACAACCAUCAGCUUGGAACCUUGGCAGAACGCGCACGAUAUUCGAGCAUACUUGCAACCUAGGAUCGAAUGUCUCAACAAUGACGGACUACUACCAAAGUCCUCAAAUAUUGAAGAGAUCGUCGCAUUACUGUCAUGCCGUGCUCAGGGCAUGUUUCUAUGGGCCAGGCUCGUCGUGAGAUAUCUUUCUUGUGACUGGCUUUCACCCACAGAGCGUGGCGAUGCAAUUUUUGAUGAUACCAUGUUAGAUGGAUUGGAAAAUCUGUACGGGAAGAUUCUCGCGAUACUCGAAAAAGGCUACCCUGCUCAAAAGAAAAAAGUGCAGCGGAUAUUCCAGGUCAUAGCAAUCAGUAGGACGCCCAUCACACUCCCCGAGUUGCGCUACAUUGUCGCUGUGCAGCUCGGACGAGUCACUCGUGAGGAAGACUUGAUCGUGGACUUCCAGAAUUGCUUGCCAAUUAUGUGUGGGGCACUCGUUGAGUGCGACUCCAGUGGAAACGUUUGCUUUUUUCAUUCUUCGUUCCGAGAGUACAUUUUAGGGGACGAUUAUUGCCAUGCUUCACCGUUCUCAGUCACAAAGCAAAUGGCAUGGCUGAUUCUCACAGCGAUUUGUUUUUCAUAUCUGACUUAUGAUAUUCCAAGAGGAGCAAUCACAACAACCGGAUUUUCGAAUGAACAACGCACUCUAACUGCAGAAAGCUUCCCUCUACUUCGAUAUGGACUUACCAGAGUCCAACAACAUGACCCUGAAAUCUUUGAUAGUUCUUUCGCCGCUUCACACAACGAUUUCGAAGAAGUAAGCGUUGCGCUCCAAGUAUUGGAAGAGUGGAUCAAUCAAAGACUAUGUGUAACUGCAUGGGUUGAGGCAAAUUUUUCCUUCCAGAAACUUCCCACUUUGGAACCAUUGAUAUCCAUGAUGCAACUCUGCUCGCUCAAGUAUGUAGCGCAUCGUGCACGAGUUGAUGUAAUCACUACUCUCUACCUUCGGUUGGAAAAAGAUCUUGUUGAGCUUCGAAAAGACUGGGCUGAGGUUCUGCUCAAGGAGCCAUGUGCAAUUUGGACGUCCACCAUUACAGCCUUCGCCAAGUCCUCAUUCUGGUUUACCCAGAAUGAUACCGUCGUAACUCAUCUCGGGGAACGCCCCCUGAGUCCCUCCAUGGAUAACUAUCCUCCAUCCAUGAUUCUCGUCAAGUUACAGACCGCAAGCGACAAGAUGACACACGCGACAAUAUACGUCCUUCCCUCAAGGCAGUACAUAAAUAUGACUAUUCGGAUGACUGCCUCGGGCCUUGCAGAUUGCGGCAUGGAGAAGGAUAAUCUUCAGGAUUUGUGCUCGGGUUGGAAAGCCCAGUACCGAAUUCGGGAUAUCAGCUCACAACAAGUUCUGUUUUCGGUCAUGCUGAAUCUCUCUACAGCCGAAGUUUUAGAAGUACUCAAGAUUUCGAAUGACCCCAUCAAUCGGGAGCAGUCUUGUCCGUGGAGAUUCAUUUUUCCUGUGACAAUUUCAGCCGAUUUGCACCGAGUCUUGAUUCUACGUGUACUGGUGAGUCUGCGAUCGGGUACAGCCACGGGAGAUGAGAAGCAAUUUGGCGAGUUCGCAAUGUACUCUCAGCGACUUAAAAGCCAUACAACGGUGAGAGAUUUCGAUUUCAGGUACCUCUAUGGAAGCACGUUUUCACCCAUGGGCGACGCUGUGGCAUUCUUCGAGAAAAAGACUUCGAGCACCCAGGUGUUGGAAGUAUGGUCAAGGGCGGCUUCUCCACCCCAAGCGUCAGCAAACACAUACGUCUUUCGAGGUCGACAAUUAUUCGGAGGUGUGAAGACUCAAAGUCCCAAAGGGAAGUCCUUCCUGUUUCAUCCAAGUCGGCCAUGUCUAGCUUUUACGGAGUGGGGUAAAGCUUCGAUAUGGUGUUUCAAUGAGACUGAUGGACCUCGACGAUGUUAUCAAUUCAUACGAAAGACGAUAGAACUACUAUCAUUUGAGGAUGACGUGUUCAUCAUUUACACGUGCUGGGGUAGCUCAUUUGGUGAAUCCGUACCUGGAAUGGAAAUGCCCGAAUCAGCCUCAAAUAGAGAACACAUGGCGCCGGGGAGGCACACCGAGAGGAUCAGACUGCCGGCAGCUCCUGUAUCCACGGGGAAUGUCCGGGAUUGCGACUCGCAUGUCGGCAAUAGCACCUCGAUCACGACCCGACAGGGAGAAAAUAUGACUGUCACGAAACAUGAGAAGCCUUUUUGGAUUUCCCAAGAGGGUCAGACCGGCCAGGUUGUCAAGAUAACGUCGGCCAACGGGCAGACGGCUCAGUUCGGACACCUUCCAUUUCUCCAAAGCUGGGAGCCAAGCUCCUUGACCGUUCUACCCAUUACUGACUCUGUCAAGAUCGUUUGGGACAAAGAAUCACAGGAUGACUACAGCAUUCUGGAUACUCCAUCGCCCCAUCUACCAAGUAUCAUUGAGCGCACCCUACAGUCGGUCCCCCUACUAGAGCAGGCACGUUCGGAAAAUUCGGAGAGCCUCGUCGAUACCGAGCCAGAAGGCAAUUCCAUGGAGUUGCAAUUAAUCAGGAAGCGUACCAGAAUAGAAGACGAUAGUGCCGGAGGAGAGCCAAGCAAACGUCUCAACAUGACACUCACGAACGUGGCCACCAGCAGAGACGAUGUGUAG